AUGAGUUCUGGAGGAAUCGUGUCUGGACCAACACCACCACCAGCAUCAGCUCCAUCAAGUGGAGGUGGAAACGUGGAGUGGCACGUGCGACCAGCGAACCCUAAAAACCCAGUGGUGUUCUUCGACGUGUCUAUAGGUGGUAUCCCUGCAGGUCGUAUAAAGAUGGAGCUUUUCGCUGACAUUACUCCCAAAACUGCUGAAAACUUCAGGCAGUUUUGUACCGGUGAACUCAGAAAGGCUGGGAAGCCUCUUGGUUACAAGGAGUGUCAGUUUCACAGGGUCAUCAAGGACUUUAUGAUUCAGAGUGGUGAUUUUCUUAAGAAUGAUGGUAGUGGAUGCAUGUCAAUUUAUGGCCACAAGUUCGAUGAUGAGAAUUUUACUGCCAAACAUACUGGACCUGGACUGCUCUCAAUGGCUAAUAAUUACCUUUGCUCUUUUGCAUUGCAGUUCUUCAUCAGCUGUUCAAAAUGCGACUGGCUUGACAACAAGCAUGUUGUCUUUGGGAGAGUGCUUGGAGAUGGUUUAUUGGUGGUGCGGAAGAUUGAGAAUGUGGCUGUUGGACCUAACAACCGGCCUAAGCUUGCCGUUGUUAUUACAGAGUGUGGAGAAAUGUAA